GCGGGGAGAGGCGGCUGCCGGCGCCCGGGAGAGCCCUUCCUCGGCGGACGAGAGCCGCGCCGGCCGCCGGACCAUGCCGGGGGCGCGGUGCCGCCUCCCGCUGCUGCUGCUGCCGCUGCUGCCGCUGCUGCUCCCGGCGGCGCCGGCGCCCCAGACCUGCCUCAGCAGGCAGCAGCUCCUGGCCGCCAUCCGGCAGAUGCAGCAGCUGCUGAAGGGGCAGGAGACGCGCUUCGCCGAGGGCCUCCGCGUGAUGAAGAGCCGGCUGAGCACCCUGCACGCCUCCCUGGCCAAAGCCACCCCCGAGCCGCCGGCCGCCUCCUGCCCUGCCCUGCAAGCCCCCGCGGACGGGAAGAAGUUUGGCAGCAAGUAUUUGGUGGAGCACGAGGUUCACUUCACCUGCGACCUGGGCUUCCAGCUCCUGGGCUCCAGCACACGGACGUGCCAGGCCAACGGCACCUGGAGCGGGCAGGAGCCCCGUUGCGCAGAGAUCAGCGAGUGCUCGAGCAGCCCCUGCCAGAACGGCGGGACGUGCCUGGAGGGGCUCAACCAGUACAAGUGCCUCUGCCCCCAGCAGUGGACCGGGGCCACCUGCCAGUACCAGGCACAGACGGCUCCCCCCGCCUGGAGCGUGACGGACGACCCGGCGUUCAGCCGCCAGCCCCGCUGCGCCCAGAUCGACCGGACCCAGCACUGCAGCUGCGAACCCGGCUUCCACAUGAGCGGCACGGCCGCCAACGGCCUCUGCCAGGACCUCAACGAGUGCGAGGUGUACAAGCGGGACGGGGGUCCCCGGCUCUGCGCCCACGCCUGCGUCAACCUCCCCGGCUCGUACCGCUGCGCCUGCCCCGGCGGGUACGUCCUCCUGGGCGAUGGCAAGAGCUGCGAAGACAUCGACGAGUGCGCCCUGUCCCAGGACAACUGCACGAGGGGGACCACCUGCAUCAACACGGGGGGGGGCUUCCAGUGCGUCAGCCCCCAGUGCCCCCAGCCCGCCGGCAACGUCACCUACGUCAAAACAUCGCCCUUCCAAUGCGAGCGCAACCCCUGCCCGAUGGAGAGCCGGUCGUGCCACCAAGCACCCAAAACCAUCUCCUUCCACUACCUUCCCCUGCCGUCCAACCUGCUGACGCCCACCCCGCUCUUCCGCAUGGCCACAGCGGCGGCGCCCGGCCGGCCGGGACCCGACAGCCUGCGCUUCGGCAUCGUGGGGGGCAACAACCGCGGCCACUUCGUGAUGCAGCGUUCGGAUCGGCAGACCGGGGAGCUCAUCCUGGUGCAGAGCCUCAAGGGUCCCCAGACCAUCCAGGUGGACGUGGACAUGUCCGAGUACCUGGAUCGCGUCUUCCAGGCCAAGCACGUGUCCAAAAUCACCGUCUUCGUCUCCGCCUAUGAAUUUUAGGGGAGGCAGCAGCCGGGGCGGCUUCCCUGACGGUGAUGGUACCUGCUCAGCACCCUCCUCCUGAAAGCGCUAGCCCUGGAGGCAGGCAUGUAACGGGAGCUCCGGGUGACACCCCCCGCCGCAGCCCCUCUGCAGCCGACCCCCCUCCCCUCCGCGUUAAGGUUAUUCUGCCCAGGCGGCUUUUACACCCGCCUAUGUGUGAGGGGGGGAAAAAAAAAACCCAAAACCCAAAAACCAACCACAACUGAGGUGCAAAAGAAACGAGGUGCUGGGGUUACCCGCUCGCCGGGGCGCGGGAGCAGAGCAUCGUCCUCACCCGAGGCUCCAGAAGGACGGCGUCCCACAGCCUCGGCGCCUGCACAGCGCAGACAGCGGCGGGUAGAAACCGUGGCCCUUAUUUCCUUUUUAAUUCUUCUUUUUUUCUUUAGGAAAGAAGUUAAGGUGGUGCAUGCUGGAGGAGGGAGGCUUAUCGCGGCUACCGCUCUCCUCCCCGCUGGCCCGGGGCUCGUUUGCACUGAGCCCAGCCCCGUAAAAACAUGCUCUGCUCCCCUUGGGGUGCCGAGACAACCCACGGCUCCGGGAUUGACCGGGAGCGGAAAAAUCCACGAACACCCAUCCCUAGGAGAGCCGGCUGGCUCUCGGUGCCCUCGGGGAAGGCUGCACUUGGUGCUCGCGUCGAGGGAGCUCGAGGUGUGAAUAUUUCAUUUUUCGAUGAGCCGCAGCCUCCACCCCGCUGUGCGUAAGCGGCUCCAGGAAUAGCUGGGGUUCGGCUGUAACGCGUGCCGGAGGGGGGGGCGCACACAGCUCCCCGGUCUUCUCUUCCCCCUCGGGACCUGUUCCUCGGUGUGGCGCUUGUGCAUGUUAGCCACAAAACCUCGACGUUAUGCAUGUUUCUUCAUUAUGCUGGUUUUAGUACCAUUAAACGAUGAUAUAGCCUCUGA